AUGAGUCACGGCCGCUACGACAGGGAGAGCGCGGCGGGCCAGAGGAACGACGCACUCCGCGCCAAGUACCGCAAGCUGCGCGCCGGGCUGAACAUGCGGCUGGCGGAAGCUGGCCACCUGCUCGAGCCGCUGCUGGCCGCGAAGCGGCUCGACGCGAUCGACUUCAAGAAGGCGCCCAAGGGCGCGCUGGCCAAGUGCCGCAAGGCGCUGCUCAAGGACCCGGAGACGGCGGCGCGGUGGAAGAAGGCGAUGGCCGCGUCGGACAAGGCGGUGCCCGACAUCACCGACAUUGGCGGCGCGCUGCCGACGCUGCCCGUCGUGCUGACAGCCGAGGGGCGGGGCGUGCCGCCCUCGCAGCCGCCUGCGCUCCUCCUCGCCGCCUUUGUGGCGGCCUGCUCGCAGAAGCUGCGGCACGUGGCCGUUGACGGCGAGCUCAUCGCCCUUGCCGGCGCGACCGCGUCGCUCAAGGCGCACGGGAUGCGGCUGCUGCUCGUCCACCGGCUGCGCGAGGCGGCCGACGCGGCGGUGGGUCGCUUCAAGCCGCGCGCCAACCUCCGGCCGAUGCCGAGCCGCGGCGCGGAAAUUGUGGACUGCAAGACGCACGUGAGCAACGUGAUCCGCGGGCUCAAGGCCGACCUCGCCGUCGGCGAGGUGCGCGUCUCCUUUGUUGGCUACCGCGACUGGGGAGAGCGCAACUCGCCGCACGCGCCGCGCGUGGUCGUGCACGAGUUCGUGCCGCUCAGCCGAGUCGACGAGGUCACCGCGGCCAUCGGGAGAGAGGGGGCAAACGGCGGCGGCGACGGGCCGGAGGACGUGAUCAUCGCGAUCGAGAGCGCGCUGCGGCUCGAGUGGCGGGGCGACGUGAGGGUGGCUGUCUUCAUCGCCGACGCUCCGGCCCACGGCUACAGUGGGCAGGGGCGCGGCGGAGACGAUUUCCCCGCCGGACUGUGCCCCGACCAGCGCACGCCGCUGCCCACGCUGCUCGGCCGGCUCGCCAACGAGCAGGGCGUCGACCUCCUCGCGACCAAGCUGAACUCGUACACCGACAUCUUUUACAACAUGCUCGCCGAGCAGUACCCGGGCGGCGACGGCUUCGGCGUGCUCUCGCUCACCGACGUCGCGCACAAGUUCAAGGCGGCCAUCAUGGGCGCGCUGUCGGAGGCGGUGCUCUCGCUCAUCGCGCCAUCGGCAGACGCCGCAGGCGUGCAGACCUUCGAUGGCACCACGCUCUCCUCACUCACCGCCACCCUCUCCGCCUCGCUCCGCGAGCCAAGGGCUACCCAGCCGUUCAUCGACGCCAUGAGCGCCGCCGGCGCGACGCUGAUGAAGCGCAUCUGA